AUGUCAACAUCGGCGAAGAAGAUUGUUUUAAGGAGCUCAGAUGACCAAAUCUUUGAGGUUGAAGAAGCAGUGGCUCUCCAGUCACAGACCAUAGCUCACAUGAUCGAAGAUGACUGUGUCGAAAAGGGAGUCCCUCUUGCUAACGUCGCCGGCAAUAUCCUCGCCAUAGUGGUCGAGUACUGCAACAAACACGUCGUUGUCGUUGUCCCGGAUGGUGAUGGUGAUUCGUCUUCUUCUUCCUCCGAAGAGGAGCUCAAGAAGUGGGACGAUGACUUCAUAAGCAAGCUGGAUAAACCGACACUCUUUUCUUUAAUUCUGGCUGCUAACUAUCUAAAUAUCAAAAAUCUUCUUGAUCUUACUUGUCAGACCAUUGCUGACAUGAUCAAAGAUAACACUGUAGAAGAGAUUCGUGAAACGUUCAACAUCGAGAGCGAUUUCACACCAGAAGAAGAAGCAAAGGUUCGCGAAGAAACCAAAUGGGCUUUUGAAUGA